AUGACAGUCGAAGCAAAAACGUUCACGAACAAAUCUAAUGGCGAAACAUUCACAAAAGGCACUUACAACGGUAUUGAAGUCUUACGUAGAGACAAGGAUGGUUAUAUAAAUGCAACAAAGAUAUGUCAGCAGUUUAGGAAAGACUUUAGAAGGUUGUUGGAAAAUAAGUCCUGGGAAGAGUAUUUUAAGGCAUUUUGUGAAGAAUAUACCAACCCGCGGAAAACAGCGGGUUGCUUUUUAUACAAAAUUCAUGCAGGAAUUCCGGAUGAAAUCAAACAGGUUAGAGGAAUGUAUGUAGACCCAAGACUCGUAAACUAUAUAGCAAUGUGGGCUUCUCCAAAAUAUUGCAUAGCAGUUGGAAAAAUUCUGGACUCCAUAGACAAGAAAGUUCAUGAGAAAUUAGAUGAAGAAGAACUCGAAGAUACAGUGGAGAAUGCAAAACCUUUGUUUGAAGAAGAAGUUAGAAAAAUGUGCGAAAAACAAAUAGAACAUGAACGUGAGAUAUGUUCUG